AUGCCCACCCGCCACCACCACCCAGGCCUCUUACGUAUGUGCCCCCCACCAAAGCCCCGCCCUACACUGCCCCUACCCCAUCCUACCGGCCCUACACCACUGCCCCUACCCCAGCCUACCGGCUCUACACCACUGCCCCUACCCAAACCUACCGGUCCUACACCACUGCCCCCCCCCCCAUCCUCCCGGCCCUACACCACUGCCCCUCCCCCAACAUACCUGCCCCCCACACCCCCUAAACCACCAACAUACUUGCCCACCACCACUACCAGGACCCCAUCCUAUACAUAUGGGCAAACAACAACAACAGAGAAGCCGAAGUACUGGUUCGAUUGGACAGUAAACGACCAUUAUUCCGGCAACGAAUAUAACAGGGAGGAACACCGUGACGGAGAAAAGACCGAGGGAUUCUACAAGGUUUUGCUUCCUGACACACGAGUCCAGAAAGUCACUUACACUGUCGACGGCGACUCCGGUUUCGUGGCUGAAGUUACUUACGAAGGAGAGGCGAAGGAACCUACACAUGGACACGCUUAUCCCGCCUCCUACUCCCCCUACACUCCUCCUUUUCCAUCUAUGGCGCUCCUCAUUAUUCUCGAUAAGCUUCUCUCAAUUAUUUAUUACUUAAUAUUCUAG